CUAUAACCUCAAUUUAUUGAAUUUUGCAGAACACCUGGUCAACAAGUAAUAUAAAACAAUAGGAAUUAAAUAUCAAAUACACAACCUUUUUCAAUAUUAUAAUUAAAUCUGCAAAAUGCUAGAAGAAAUUCAAAGAAAAUUUCAAUCCGAAUUGGACAACUUCAAGAUUGCCCAAAAAGAAAUACAGAGGGUCGCACUAACCCGACAACAACUAGAGGGGCAAUUGACUGAAAAUGAAAUAGUUAGAGAUGAAUUAAAUAUUUUGACUAGUGAUGCCAAAGUUUUCAAGUCUGUUGGACCUGUCCUACUCAAAACCGAUCUAACAGAAGCUAAACAAAAUGUAUCGAAAAGAAUUGACUAUAUAUCGAAGGAAUUGAAGCGAGUUGAUGAACUUAUUACAUCUUUCGAGAAGAAGCAGGAUACCCACAGAGAAGCUCUGAAUAAGUUGCAACAUCAGCUUCAACAGGCCCACGUUAAAGCUGCAAUGCAAGCUUGAAAUUAUUAUCAGUAUUUCUACUGGAUGUUUCAACUAAGCCAGAAAUCUAAAAAAAUGUUCACUAACUUACCUGAUUCACAUCAUUCAAUUAAAUAAUUCAAGCUGGUUAGAUUAUUUAUUUUUAGUAUGAUUUGCUGCAAAUGAUUUGUGUAUUCUUAACUUUUCCAUUUUUCAUGGAAAGGUGAAUAACUUUAUAAUAAUAAAAAAUAAACAGAUA